AAAGAAUCUUAAGUCAUGGCCAGGCCCAGAGUUUUCUUCGAUCUCACCGCCAACGGCAGCCCACUUGGAAGAGUGAUCAUGGAGCUGAGAGCUGAUGUUAUCCCCAGAAGAGCAGAGAACUUCAGGCAGCUGUGCACAGGCUAUGGCUAUAAAGGAUCCAUUUUCCAUCGUGUCAUCCCCAACUCCAUAUGUCAGGAUGGUGACUUCACAAACCACAAUGGAAGUGGUGGCAUGUCCAUUUACAGCAACAAGUUUGAGGAUGAGAAUUUCACACUGAAACACACCAGCCCUGGUAACCUGUCUAUGGCCAAUGCUGGCCCCAACACCAAUGGUUCCCAGUUCUUCAUCUGCACAGAAGUUACUUCAUGGCUGGACGGCAAGCAUGUUGUCUUUGGACAGGUUGUGGAGGGCAUGGAUGUCAUCAAGAAAGUGGAGGGUUAUGGCUCCAGCAGAGGGAAAACAAGUGUCAAGAUUGUCAUUGCUGACUGUGGCCAGCUGUAAACACCUCAACCACCAACCUUCACCCAAACCCUUGUCUAGUACCCUUGAGCGCUCCCUCUCCUGAAUCCUGCCGCUUACAGCAACAUUCCUCCAAAGUUUUAUAACCCCCUCAUUCAUCCAUCUUUGUCUUUUGACGAGUUGUCAUUUUGCUGU